AUGCUGCCUCGGGUCGCGACUUUUUUUUUGGUGCUCUGCAGUUGUUGCACUUCCGCGGAGGUGGCCACUGCGGAGAAUGCUACAACAAAAUUUACUAUACAGGGACGUGUUGAGCUUCCUCCAUCAAUUAAGUAUGGUAAGAAUUGGAGAAGUGAGUGCAGAGUGUUGGUUAAUUAUGGCCAGCACAUCGGAUUUGUAAAGAAAGACGGAAGUUUUAUUGUCACAGGCGUUCCAUCAGGUUCAUACAUAGUUGAAGUGUCACAUGUAAAUUUUGUUUUUGAACCUGUACGAGUUGAUAUAACGUCUAAGGGGAAGUUCAGGGCGAGAAAACUCAAUUUACUCCAGCCUUAUACAGUAUCUACAUUGCCGUAUCCUCUGCGUCUUGUCACUGCACAUCAAAUUUCGUAUUUCCGGCCUCGCGAAGAAUGGCGUUUGAUGGAUAUGCUGACCAGCCCAAUGGUACUUAUGAUGGUAGUUCCACUUGUCCUACUUGUUAUUCUGCCAAAAUUAGUUAAUACAAAUGACCCGGAGGUUAAAAAGGAAAUGGCGAAAAGUAUGCCCACAGUACCUGAUGUAGAUAUGUCCGAGGUCUUGACUUCUUGGCUAGGUGGCAGUUCAAGUAAGCAUCAGAAGAAGACAAAAAAGCGACAGUAG